AUGUUGGGACUUAUUUUUUUCGUAUUAUUCACCCCUGGAGCCAGUGAGUUUAUUUGUACAUCAUCAGAUCUUGAAAUGUCAUAUACUUUUUGUGAUUCUACAGCUCAUGUUUUCAUGUUUAAUGUGACACCUUGCAACAUCAUGAACAAAACCCCCUGGAAGGCUGCUCUUACCUGGAUUCCAAGAAGUGACAUCACCUUCUUGAAGACUGUCUUCCAAGUGUGGUACGACAGUGCCAAAGCACUUCACUGGAAAAGGGUCCUCUGCAGCGGAGCCGACGACAAAUACGCAGUGUGUGGAGCCCUGAAAGGAGAAACACUUGUAUCAGCAUUUGACAUUAAAGGUUUCAGAUCAGAGUUUCCAAAGGGCAACUAUACUGUUGUUGUACAAGGAUUCUCUGAUGAUUAUGAGAAAAAUAUGAUCAUAUGCUUGAAUUUCACCAUGAUAGUAAAGCAAGAUGUUUUCUGA